AUGAAACAAAUGACCCAAAAUGGUAGGCUUGAAGGCGAAAACGCCGAACAAAACAACACCAAAAACAGCCAAGAAAAAAUUGAAGAAUUUAUACACAACCAGAAAGCGAAAACCACAAUAACGAAAACGAAAAGCGACAUGAAGGUUUUCCAACGUUACCUGGAGACAGUUAACAAAGGUGAAAAACAAAUUGAGGACUUACCGAAAGCAGAACUUGACCACUUACUCUGCAAAUUUUUUAUCAAUGUUCGUAAAGCAAAUGGCGACGGAUACGAACCGUCUUCACUGUCAAGUUUCCAGAGAAGUUUACAACGAUACUAA